AACAUAAUUCAUAUACACACAUAUUUUUUCUUCAAUUAUGGUCAAUAUCAUGACUAGAAAGAAGCUAAACCUAUCUUACAUUGAAAAUGAUUCAAUGAGAAAAGCAACGUUCAAUAAGAGAAAAAAAGGUUUCGUGAAAAAGAUCCACGAGCUUUCCGUACUUUGCGGAAUCGAAGCAUGUGCUGUGAUUUACAGUCUAUCCAACUCAGUUUCGGAGGUCUGGCCAUCAAACUUGGGAGUAAAGAACGCCGUGGGGAAGUUCGAGAUGCUGACAGAUAUGGAGCAAGAGAAAAAAAUGGUGAACCAUGAAGGCUUUCUCAAACAAAACAUAUCAAAAGCUAUGGGGAAUAACAAGAGAAAGAUGAAGAACAAUGCGGAGAGGAUGAUGAAAGAGGCCAUGUUCGAACUUCUUGGUGGGAAGGGUGAUAGAUUUAAGCUGCCUAACAUACAUCGUGAAGAUUUGUGUAAGUACAUUGAUCAGUAUCUUAAUGAACUUUAUCACCACAAAAACAAAAUCCUAAGGCAAUCCCAUGUUGAAUAUGGUGAAUCAUCUGAAGCUGCUACAAAUGUCAUGGCACCAACAUCUUCAGUUGAAGUGAAUUUUCAAUUCUUUCCAACUCUCAAUGUUUCCAACUCUCUUUAUUAUUAUCCUGUUCAAAUUAAAUCACAAUUUAGCUACUAA